GGGAGGAGAAGAUGGCGACUUCGAACAAUCCGCGGAAAUUCAGCGAGAAGAUCGCUCUGCACAACCAGAAGCAGGCAGAGGAGACGGCGGCCUUCGAGGAGGUGAUGAAGGACCUGAGCCUGACGCGGGCGGCCCGGUUACAGUUACAGAAAACACAGUAUCUACAGCUGGGACAGAGCCGAGGCCAGUACUAUGGAGGGUCCCUGCCCAAUGUGAAUCAGAUUGGGAGCAGCUCCAUGGACUUGCCCUUCCAGCGCAGCGGAAUUCUUGGAGAGACCUUGGGAGCAGCUCCUGUCUCUUUGACUCCUUUUCAGUCAUCAGGCCUGGAUACCAGCCGGACAACUCGGCAUCAUGGUCUAGUGGACAGAGUAUAUCGGGAACGCAACCGCCUUGGGUCUCCUCACAGGCGCCCUUUGUCGGUGGAUAAACAUGGACGGCAGGUGGACAGCUGUCCGUAUGGGACCGUCUAUCUGUCACCUCCAUCAGAUACAAGCUGGAGAAGGACCAAUUCUGACUCUGCUCUCCACCAGAGCACCAUGACACCUGCUCAACAGGACUCCUUUGCAGGAGGCUCCCAAGACAUCCAGCAGAAAAGAGUCUUACUAUUGACAGUCCCAGGAAUGGAGGAAAGCACCUCUGAGACAGACAAAAACCUCUCAAAACAAGUGUGGGACUCUAAAAAGACAGGGUCAUCAAGACCUAAGUCCUGUGAAGUCCCAGGAAUCAACAUCUUCCCGUCCACUGACCAGGAAAACACUACAACCCUAAUUCCUGCUACCCAUAACACAGGGGGCUCCCUCCCUGACCUGACGAAUAUCCAUUUCCCUUCUCCUCUCCCAACCCCUCUGGAUCCGGAGGAGUCCACAUUUCCAGCCCUGAGCAGCUCCAACAGCACUGGCAACUUGGCAGCCAACCUGACCCACCUGGGCAUUGGCACUGCCAAUCAGGGCAUGUUGGCGACUCCAGGUUCCUCCCAACAGCACCGUCAGCCAGCGGUCAGCCCCCUGUCCCUGAACGCAGACUCAAGACGGCAGCAGAGCCAGCAGAUGUCUCCCACGCUGUCCCCUCUGUCGCCAAUCACUCAGGCCGUGGCUAUGGACGCCCUGUCCCUGGAGCAGCAGCUCCCAUACUCCUUUUUCACUCAAGCGAGUUCCCAGCAGCAGCCGCCACCACAACAGCAGCCGCCGCAGCAGCAGCCCCAGCCGCAGCCGCAGCAGCCCCAGGUGCCAAGCAGCCUCUCCCAGAACACCCCCUUAAUGGCGAGCUCGGGUUUACAGCGGGGGCCGCCACUCCCCCCUCUUUCAGUCACAGUACCGUCUACCAUCCCUCAGUCCCCUCCAGGCAACCAGGCCCAGCCGUCGAUGGGAAUAGACAUCACCUCGGGUUCACUCCAGCAGUACCGCAGUAAUGCUGGCUCCCCAGCCAACCAGUCUCCCACCUCUCCUGUCUCCAAUCAAGGCUUCUCUCCUGGCAGCUCCCCUCAACAUUCUUCCGUCCUGGGCAGCGUCUUUGGGGACUCCUUUUAUGAUCAGCAGAUGACAGCAAGGCAGGCUAAUGCCCUGUCCCAUCAGCUGGAACAGUUUAAUAUGAUUGAAAAUGCUAUCAGCUCUAACAGCCUGUACAGCCCCUGCUCCACACUUAACUACUCCCAGGCUGCCAUGAUGGGACUGACAGGGAGUCACAGCAGCCUUCAGGACUCACAGCAGCUCAACUAUUCGAGCCACGGAAACAUCCCCAACAUCAUCCUUACAGUGACAGGGGAGUCCCCUCCCAGUUUGUCAAAAGAACUGACCAGCACUUUGGCAGGAGUCGGUGAUGUCAGUUUUGAUUCCGAUUCCCAGUUCCCCCUGGACGAACUCAAGAUUGACCCUUUAACCCUAGAUGGACUUCACAUGCUCAAUGAUCCUGACAUGGUCCUCACUGACCCCGCCACAGAGGACACUUUCCGAAUGGACCGGCUGUAGGGUGUGGACAACCUUGAGCCUAGGAACGUGCCACCUUCCUGGUGCCCAGCCAAACUGAAUACAGCCCACGGGUCAGUGGAGUCAGAUUCCAUGGUUCCUGAGAGCAGCCGCUCUGCCCCAUUCAAUUGAGUAAAGCUUGUCAUUCUAAGCUUGCAGUGCUGCCACCCCCUCAUCCCCUCACCCCCUGGUGCCAUCUUGGACCCUUUGGUUCAGUCCUACUCGUUGCCAUUUGAAUGAGUUUGGAUCCUGCAUCCACCUUCCUGCCCAAGUCCCAGCGUGAGGUUGUGAAUUUGUUCUUGCACUAGGAGGGGGGUGUAUGUGGUCACUGAUGUGAAGCAGCGUGCCCACCGCCUGAGCAAUCUCUCUCUGUAAGAUACCAAAACCAUUGGCUGGUGUCCAUGUGCUCCUCAAGUUGCCAUUUCUGCUGUCGUCCCCUCCCUUCUUCCCCCCCUCCCUUCCCCUCCUGCUUCCAGGCUCUAAGUCUCCAGGCUGAUAACUCUGGGGCCCCACCUCAGACCCAGAGGUGGAGAAAGCAGAGCUCUGGGGGUCCUGACUCCCCAACUGCUUGGUUACAGCCGCUUCCCACUGUAAUGGCGCUUCUACCGUGUGGAUAUGCCUUGUGCGUUUUCUGAUUCGUUUCCUCGCUGGUUCAGCCCUCACUGCCUUUUCUCAAGCCCUUGGCAAAACCGUGUUCUCUGGGACCCAGGGAGCAGAAGCUAGAUCAGGCACCAUCCCAGAGGGCUUUGUUGGAUGGGCGCUUCCCUCCCCGCCAAAAAAAGAGAAAGAGAGAAAGAGAGAGAGGGCAUAAAAAAGCAAACAGAAACACUAUUUUGAGAGAUUUCUUUUUAUAUUUCUGAGCACACAAAAAGUACUAUAAUUCAUUACCUGGUGAAAAUGAAGGAGAGAACAGAAGAUUUAAAGCAGCUAGAAUGACUUCUGUGGCCAAGCUGGACAGACUUACUUGCUUUCCUUGUCCUCGUUACUGGUCCCCACCCUCUACCCCAUCCCCACCCCCAUCUCCAUCCCUGUCCCCAGCCCUGGCCCUGCCAAGCCUUUCCAGUUCUAGCCUGUUCGUACAAUUCCUGAGCAGGAUGGAGGAGUCUCCUUCCUGUGAGGAGUCCAAGGAAAGGUGGGGUGUUUUUUGACUUAUUUUUUAUUAUUGUUCAUUACCUGUUAUGUGUUCUCAGUUAACUUUACAUACUGUUAUUUAAGGAAUUUGUGAUUUUUUUUCUGUUUUGUUUUGUAUUUAAGUAUUUGGAUAGUCGAGAUGUAACAACUCCAUGGAGCCAUUGAUGCCCUGUAUAAUGUCUGUACAGUGCAUCCACUUGUGUUUCGAUUCCCAGAAUGACGUGCAGGAAUAGUCUAUAUUUUUAAACCAACUGGAAUUUUAAACAACUCUCAACCAGAAACAUCACAUCAACAUCUAAAUCUAAAUAAAGAAUGUUACCUUUCCAGUGUCUCCAAACAAGUGGUUAGACCAGCCAAACUCUCCAGAAGGUGGUGAGUUAGGGGCCUGAAAAGGCUGGGUUUCUGUCAGCCUCCUCAGAGACCUGCCCCACUGGGCUAUCGGGCCAUCACCGCAGAGCUAGGGGAAGUCCCAUAAUGGGACUGGUUGAAGGACUUCUCCAUGGACUCCCAGAUGUGGGAGUACCUUAGAAAUCGUAUGGUCCAGGGGUUCUUAGCCUAUUUUGUGUCCCCAACUCCUUUGGCAGUCAGUCUGCUGAAGCCUAUGGAGCCUUUCUCAGAAUCAUGUUUUUAAAUACAUAAAAUAUAUGGGA